CCCGAUUCCUCUGCCUUACCCAAAAUCCAAAUCGAACCGCCGGCGGUCAGGAGGGCGGGGAACCGCGAGCGGCGGACGGCCGGGCGGCGCGGGGCGACUGGCGAGGCGAGCCCUGAGCCCUCCACCUCCACUGCUUCUGCCCCAAGCGUUGGCAGGCAGGGGGCAGAGGCGCAGGGCUGCGGGUUGGGCGCGGUCCUCGCCGGCGACUGGAGGCGGCAUCCUGUUCCGCCAUCCAGGAGGAAUUCUUCGCUCGUAGUGGUGGUAGCUGUAUUUCUCCCGCAUAUUCUGGUACUGAGUUGGCAUGGAGUAGAGAGAUCCAUCCGGACUUGUGGCUGAUCUCUUCUUUUGGGAUUAGGAAGCCCUGCGCAUCACUGGCGAAAGGGGUUGAUUCAGAGAUGCGUUUCUCUAAAGAAGAUCUGGUUGGGUCAGCGUUUAUGGCUUUUGGCGUUACUUUGUUUGUGGGUUUCUUCUACGCUGCUGUUCUGUCCAAGCUGCUUCCACCGUAUGAAAAUAGGCUUCUAGCUGCCGUCCAAAAUGAUUGGUAUUACUGCCUACUUGUGCCGUUGACACUUCCUGUCAUAAUCGUGGCUGUCUAUCUGCAUUGGCUUAGCAUGAAGAUGUUCAAACAUGCAUGAAGCAAUAUUUCUGUGGAUUUUAUGGAACAAGUAUGCAGCUUUGUUCCAAUUUCAGAAACUCUGGAGCACGAUGAGGAUCAAGGUAGUUUAUCUGAAAGUGUCAUGUCAAGUUGUAAACUGUAGUGUUACACAGUCCCGAGUUUGUGUUUGUCAGCUCCAAUGUGUAACUUGAUUGUGCUUCAAUCAGAAAUACCCAUUCCUUCCAUAUGAACAAUUGCCGCCAAGUGCUAAGUAUAUAUAUUGCUAAAUGUACGGACUGUCAUAUUAUAAUAUUUGAGGAGGAGAUCGGUACUUAUUUUCAAUCUAUUGACCAUAAGUGGUGGCUUCACAAUAAGAACUUCAGAAUUCACGCUUCUCAUUUAGUUUGUUCUGCUAUCAUGUGGAGGUUGUGGAAAGUAAGAGGUGCCUUCUGUUUUCAGAUUUGAAGAUACUCUGGAGCACUUGAGAUGGUCUGUCAGCACUUGGUUCAGUCAGUAUGUCACCUCUUGGUAGAGUUUGUAUUGGAAAAGUCUGACAGAUAACCUACUCCACCCAAGUUUGAUCAGCGUAUUUGUUUGUGUCACCGAGACUAACGAGAAGUAAAACUCCCACUGUAAUCCAUUUAUUCUGCAUCCGUUUAGCAGCUCGUUUAGCCAAUUACCCUGGCAUGCAGAUUGAACGCAUUGAGCCAAGGAGAUGGAACAUGGGCGGCAGGACUGAAUAGUGGCCGCAUGCAAAUGCCCUGAUAAUACGCUGAUCAAACUUGAUGGAAGGAGUAGUUCCAAUGGUUGAUCUUGAUUUUUCUUUUUGAGUUCUUCUAUGAUGAUAUAUGUAAUUGAAUCAGACUUGACAGUUGUGUGUCCAUGCGCCAUGCUAAUAUCAGGAGGCAGGGCAAGCAAUGGAUGCGCGUUGUUGCCUAUAUUUAUCCAGACUCCAGAGAGAUCCGCGGCGUCUGCAUGGGAUCCGAUUGGGAGGUCGUUACAGUUUUGAUCCCGUCAAAAGCUGCAGCGAGAGCUCCCUGCUAACCCGGGACUCCGCGACAGGUGGGUCGGUAGCCCGCGCUCCCAGAAACCAGAAGCCAUCCAGCGCCAUUGCCUGCGAAACAAAGCAGAGGAGAUCGGCGCGCGCACGUCCACUGAGCACCGGGGGAGGAGAUCGAGAUGGCCAUGGAGUUGCAGACCUGAUCCUACUCAAGUACCCGAGCAGUAGCUGAGAUUAGCGGUUGAUCUGAGGAGGAGAGGAGAGGAGAGGAGGGGAGAUCAGUAUGGCGUACCUUCGGAACAAGUCGAUGGAGUUCCUCAAGAGGUUCGAGAUGCCGGCGAAGAACCCGUCGGAGGACGCGCAGCGCCGCUGGCGGGAGGCCGUCGGCACGCUCGUCAAGAACCGCCGCCGCCGCUUCCGCAUGGUCCCCGACCUCGACAAGCGCUCCCAGGUCGAGACGCAGCGUCGCAAGAUACAGGAGAAGCUUCGUGUUGCCCUCUACGUGCAGAAGGCUGCACUGCAGUUCAUCGAUGCUGCACGCAAGACGGAGCAUCCGUUGCCGGAGCUCGCGCGGCAAUGCGGCUUCUCCAUCAGCGCGGAGGAGCUGGCCACCGUGGUGCGCAACCAUGACACUAAGAGCCUAAGGCACCACAAGGGCGUCGACGGCAUCGCCCGGAAGAUCAACGUCUCCCUCGCCGACGGCAUCAAGUCAGAUGACACGGGCGUCCGGGCCGAGGUCUACGGCGCCAACCAGUACACCGAGAAGGCACCAAGAACGUUCUGGAUGUUCCUGUGGGACGCCAGCCAGGACAUGACGCUCCUGCUCCUCGCCUUCUGCGCGCUCAUCUCCGUCGUCAUCGGCCUCGCCACCGAGGGAUGGCCCAGCGGAAUGUACGACGGCCUCGGCAUCGUGCUCACCAUCUUCCUCGUGGUCAUGAUCACAGCGGCCAGCGACUACAAGCAGUCGCUGCAGUUCCGGGACCUCGACAAGGAGAAAAAGAAGAUUGACAUGCACGUCACUCGUGACGGCUACCGGCAGAAGGUGUCCAUCUACGACAUUGUCGUCGGCGACAUCGUCCAUCUCUCUAUUGGCGACCAGGUGCCGGCAGACGGCUUGUACAUUGAUGGCUACUCGUUCGUGGUCGACGAGUCGAGCCUCUCUGGCGAGAGCGAGCCAGUGCACUUGUCGAACGCGAACCCGUUCUUGCUCGGCGGGACCAAGGUGCAGGACGGCUCGGCGCGGAUGCUGGUUACGGCGGUCGGGAUGCGGACGGAGUGGGGGAACCUGAUGGAGACGCUGAGCCAGGGCGGCGAGGACGAGACGCCGCUGCAGGUCAAGCUCAACGGCGUGGCGACCAUCAUCGGCAAGAUCGGGCUGGCGUUCGCGGUGCUCACGUUCACCGUGCUCAUGGCGCGGUUCUUAGUGAACAAGGCUCAUGCGCCUGGCGGGCUGCUGCGGUGGAGGGGCGAAGAUGCGCUCUCGGUGCUCAACUUCUUCGCCGUCGCGGUCACCAUCAUCGUCGUCGCCGUGCCCGAGGGGCUGCCGCUCGCCGUCACGCUCAGCCUUGCGUUCGCCAUGAAGAAGCUGAUGCAGGAGCGUGCUCUCGUGAGGCACCUCUCGGCGUGCGAGACAAUGGGGUCGGCGAGCUGCAUCUGCACCGACAAGACUGGCACACUCACCACGAACCACAUGGUCGUCGAGAAGGUCUGGGCGUCCGGGGCAGCGCUGACGGUGAGCACCGCCAAAGGCUUCGACGAACUCAAGUCGUUGGUGUCAGAAAACUUCACCAAGGUGCUACUAGAGGGCGUCUUCCAUUGCUCCGGCUCGGAGGUCGUCACGAACAAGGACGGAAAGACCACCAUCAUGGGCACGCCCACCGAGACGGCCAUCCUCGAGUUCGGUCUCGAGGUGGAGAAGUACACGAAAAUAGAGCACGUUAACUCCAAGAAGCUCAAGGUGGAGCCGUUCAACUCGGUGAAGAAGACAAUGGCCGUGGUCAUCGCGUCCCCACACGCCGCCGGGUAUCCCCGCGCGAUCCUGAAGGGCGCAUCCGAGGUCGUCCUGAGACGGUGCAGCAACAUCAUCGACGGCACCGGGAGCGUCGAGAAACUCACAGAGGCAAGGGCGAAGCGUGUGGCCAGCGCCAUCGACGCGUUCGCGUGUGAGGCGCUGCGCACGCUCUGCCUGGCGUACCAGGACGUCAGCAGUGGCAGCGACAUCCCCAACGACGGGUACACGCUCAUUGCGGUGUUCGGCAUCAAGGACCCCCUCCGUCCAGGCGUGAGGGAGGCCGUGAAGACGUGUCAUGACGCUGGUAUCAAUGUCCGCAUGGUCACUGGUGACAACAUCAACACGGCCAAGGCGAUCGCGAGGGAGUGCGGCAUCCUGACUGACGAUGGAAUUGCCAUCGAGGGGCCCGAGUUCCGGGUGAAGAGUCCCAACGAGAUGAGGGAGAUCAUACCCAAAAUACAGGCACGAAGCUGUAGUCUCUUUUCUCUGAAGAAUUUGCAUAACAAAACUAACACGACUGAUUUCCUGUGUCUGCAGGUGAUGGCUCGGUCGUUGCCGUUGGACAAGCACAUGCUGGUGACCAACCUGAGGGGCAUGUUUGGAGAGGUGGUGGCAGUGACCGGCGACGGCACAAACGACGCGCCUGCGCUCCACGAGGCUGACAUCGGCCUCGCCAUGGGCAUUGCUGGAACAGAGGUUGCCAAGGAGAACGCUGAUGUGAUCAUCAUGGACGAUAACUUCUCGACCAUAAUCAAUGUCGCGAAAUGGGGUCGUUCCGUCUACAUCAACAUCCAGAAGUUCGUGCAGUUUCAGCUCACGGUGAAUGUUGUCGCUCUAAUGGUGAACUUCGUCUCCGCAUCUUUCACAGGAAGCGCGCCACUGACCAUUGUGCAACUGCUGUGGGUGAACCUGAUCAUGGACACCCUCGGUGCCCUAGCGCUAGCGACGGAGCCCCCCAAUGACACGAUGAUGCAGAGGCCACCAGUCGGCCGAGGCGACAACUUCAUCACUAAGGUGAUGUGGAGGAACAUCAUCGGCCAGAGCAUCUACCAGCUGAUCGUGCUUGGCGUUCUCAUUUUCAAGGGGAAGAGCCUCCUGCAGUUGAACGGCAAUCAAUCUGACCACCAGCUCAACACCUUCAUUUUCAAUACCUUUGUGUUCUGCCAGGUUUUCAAUGAGGUGAACAGCAGGGAGAUGGAGAAGAUCAAUGUGUUCAGCGGUAUCUUCAGCAGCUGGAUCUUCUCGGCGGUUGCUGGUGCCACUGCGGCGUUCCAGGUGAUCAUCGUGGAGCUCCUAGGGACAUUUGCCAGCACGGUUCAUCUGAGCGGGAGGCUCUGGCUCACCAGCAUCCUGAUCGGGUCAGUCAGCCUGGUGGUUGGUGCCAUCCUGAAGUUCAUCCCCGUCGAUUCCAGCAGUGACUCGUAUGAUCACCACGAUGGUUACGAGCCCAUCCCCACCGGCCCUAACGCCGUGUGAUUUUGAACAUGCUUCAUCAUUCUUUUCCUUUUUAGAAACAAGAGAAUUCAGUAGUUUGAUAAUUUUAGAUAGGAGAAACUGUUAUUGCCGUUUUAGCAAUUUGAUCUUCAGUCUGUCGACCAUGUUGUCUUUUCAGGCAAACAAUGUGUUUGAAUGUGGAUGACAAAAUCAAUGUUUUUAGCGAAUAAUGGUAGAGUCUA